CAGCAAUCCCAACUCGACAGCACAACCGCCUCAAAAUGCUCCUCCCUCAGAUUCGACACUCCGCCCUGCGCGCCCUGCGCGCCCAGCAGUCCCCCCUCCGUACGACAACCUCCUCCACCUCCGCGCUCGCCCGCCUCCUCUCCACCCUCGCCGUCCUCGAGCAGCGCGACGGCAAGCUCCAGAACUCCUCGCUGUCCGCCAUCGCCGCCGCCCAGAAGCUCGGCGGGCCCGUGACGGCCUUUGUAGCCGGUGCUGGUGUGAAGGCUUCCUCCGCGGCCGAGGCGGCCAAGAUCCAGGGUUUGGAGAAGGUCGUGGCCGUGGAGAAUGAGGCUUACGAGAAGGGUCUCCCCGAAAACUACGCUCCGCUGUUGGUCGAAAACAUCCAGAAGGGCGAGUACACGCACGUGGUGGCGGGCCACUCGGCCUUCGGCAAGAGUCUUCUGCCUCGGGUCGCGGCGCUGCUGGACGUGCAGCAGGUGUCGGACGUAACGGGGAUCGAGAGCGAGGAUACCUUCGUCCGCCCGAUCUACGCCGGCAACGCGAUCCUCACCGUCCAAUCGACCGACGCAAUCAAGGUCCUGACCGUGCGCGGCACCUCCUUCCAAGGCGUGCAGACCGAAGGCGGCUCGGCCUCGAUCGUCGACGGCGCCGACCCCAACGUCCCCGCCCAAACCGAAUGGGUAUCCGAAGAGCUGGCGAAAUCCGAGCGCCCGGACCUCGGCACCGCUGAGCGGGUCGUCUCCGGCGGUCGUGGACUCAAGUCCAAGGAGGAGUUCGACCGGGUGAUCGUGCCGUUGGCGGAUACACUGGGGGCGGCGAUCGGGGCGUCGCGCGCGGCCGUGGACAGCGGGUUCGCCGAUAACAGUCUGCAGGUCGGACAGACGGGCAAGAACGUCGCGCCGCAGCUGUAUCUGUGUGCGGGUAUCUCCGGCGCCAUCCAGCAUCUGGCGGGUAUGAAGGACAGUAAGGUCAUCGCGGCGAUUAACAAGGAUCCCGAUGCGCCGAUCUUCCAGGUUGCGGAUGUGGGGUUGGUCGGGGACUUGUUUGAGAAGGUGCCCGAGUUGACGGAGAAGUUGAAGGGUCAGUAGAUGCUUACUUACUUACCUAUCUAGAUUUGAGGUUUGUUUUGGGUUGGGUUCAGCUGUAUGUAACAUGAUUGUGUUUGAUUGUUUUUUUUUUUUUGUUUAUGAGCUGGUAGGGGAUCACAUAUACCAAUACCAUACUACUACUACUACUA